CGACAACGAUCGUCUGCUGAGUGCGAGCCCACCAAGACACACUCAGAAAAAUAAGAAAUAAAGAGCAUGAAGCACACAAUAGUUAGUUCGAAAAGUGCUUUCUGAAGGCUGUGUUAAAGAGGAAACGACUUCGGAUUGCCUUUCGGGUGCUGCCGUGAACAUCCAGAUUAUUCGAUCAAGUUCUACGCUUCUCGAAAGAAAUGUCCAUUGGAUCUAUCGGUGCCAUGAAAGGGGCGAUGGUGAUGGCUGCCCAAGACCAGAAUGGUCCCGAGAGACUGGACGGACAAAAGGGGGAAUCCUUCGAGAUGCCGUCAUUAAAAUCUCUGAAUAAACCGAAAGAGAAGCUCUUGAACAAGUUUAAGACACAGCAAGAUGAAAAAGGAUUUAUGAAAGAUGAUGAACUUGACAAUGAAUAUUAUGGUGGCCUACAGGAAGACAGAAGAUCAGCCAUUGACAAAUGUAUGGACAAACACUGUUAUUGGCUAAGCAGCAUGCCCAAGCGUUAUGUCAUCUCAGUCCUCAGUUCUGUAGGAUUCCUCAUCAGUUUCGGCAUUCGAUGCAAUUUGGGCGUUGCCAUUGUAGCUAUGGUUACAGUUACAAACGCAACAAAUGACAAACCGGAGUUCAACUGGUCGCCUGAAACGAUUGGCGUCAUCGACUCAUCUUUUUUCUGGGGUUAUCUAAUCACUCAGAUCCCCGGAGGAUUCCUAGCAGCCAAAUAUCCUGCAAAUAGAGUAUUUGGUACUGCGAUAUGCGUCUCCUCUUUCCUGAACAUGCUGCUGCCAGGUGCUGCACGAAUUCAUCCGGCAGUGGUUAUUUUUGUUCGGAUAUUACAAGGUCUCGUGGAGGGUGUGACGUACCCUGCUUGCCACGGGAUUUGGCGUCACUGGGCCCCACCGAUGGAACGGAGUCGCUUGGCUACCUUAGCUUUCUGCGGCUCCUAUGCAGGUGCGGUAGUGGGAAUACCUGUUUCAGGUUUUUUAACAGAAUUGGCUGGUUGGCAGGCGUGUUUUUACUUCUACGGUUGUGCGGGUGUGGUGUGGUAUGUUUUUUGGAUGUGGAUGUCAUUCGAAAAGCCUUCCAAGCAUCCUACCAUAACUCAAGCGGAGUUGAUUUAUAUCGAGAAUAGUAUCGGAAAAGUAGCAACGUCAACUCCAACGCUGAAAACGACGCCGUGGGGAAAAAUGUUUACCUCCAUGCCAGUAUAUGCCAUCAUUGUUGCCAACUUUUGUCGCAGCUGGACGUUUUAUAUGCUGCUCAUUUCGCAAACUACAUAUUUCACUGAGGUCUUCCAUUUCAACAUCAACGAGUCAGGAAUUAUUGGAGCUCUUCCUCAUCUACUCAUGACAAUGGUGGUACCCCUUGGUGGGCAGCUGGCAGAUUACUUAAGAAGGAGAGAAAUUCUCUCCACUACUUCCGUCAGAAAAAUAUUUAAUUGUGGAGGUUUUGGUCUGGAAGCUCUUUUCUUAUUGGUUGUAGGAUAUACGCGAAGUACAGCGACGGCCAUUGUGGCUUUGAUCUUUGCCGUAGGAUUCAGCGGAUUUGCGAUUUCAGGCUUCAACGUGAACCAUCUUGACAUAGCUCCUCGAUAUGCUAGCAUCCUGAUGGGAAUGUCAAAUGGCUUUGGAACGCUGUCCGGCUUGAUGUGCCCACUGGUAGUCGAAGCUCUUACGACUCAUAAAACGGCCGACGAAUGGCAAAAGGUAUUCCUUAUCGCUAGUCUCAUUCACUUUAGCGGGGUAACCUUUUACGCUAUUUUUGCUUCGGGCGAAAAACAACCUUGGGCCGAACCUCCAGCGGAAUUAGAAGAAGGACCAUCUUGGAACCCUCUUGAAAAUGCUUUCAAAGACAGCUCAGGCGCACCAAAACAAAAUGGAGGACCUCCGUUGUCUUAUGCAGAAGCCACAACUUCCCUAACCGAAACACAGCCACCAUCCUACGGCUCAGCAACUCAGGAAUGGCAACCAGUGUACGAGACGAAACAGGAAAUGGUACAGCAGCCUUCGACUGAUCGUUAUAUGCAUGGUAGCGUCGAGGAACGCGAGUACUAGGAAACGAAACACGCAGAACUUAACAAUGAAUUCGCUGAAGAGAGUUGAUUUUCUUAAACACAUGCCUUAAGUUUGUGGUCAGAGCGGAGAUCCUUAAAAUACGCAUGUAAUUAACUUAUGUGGGAAAAUAUUUACAAGUGUUAAUCAAGGAUCAGGGACAUGAGCCAAAGCAAUAUAGUUUAUAUCAUAAUACCAUGAGCAGAUCUGGAUCGGAAGAGAUCUAGAUUCAUCAUGUGGAAUAAUGUAGCAGCGUAUAUGUAUGUGUAUAUGUAUACAUAUACAUACAUAUACUUUAUAUAAAACUAAAAUUCAGUGUCGUAAAUAUGUAUACCAGAAUAAGUCAGAUCAUGAUGGGGCUUAAUUUGUAGAUUUAGAAGUAAGACUCAGAACAGUAUUAAAUUCUAAACGAGCAGAAAGUGAAAGUAAGACAAAUGUUUCUAAGCCAGUCAUUCUUAACUAAAGUUUACUGGAAGGUCAAAUAAAAGUAGUUUAUGUAAGUCUAGGACCAAAUCAUAAGUCAUAAUCAUAAUAAAUUAUUGUACUAUUUUUAUGAUACCUCAGUAAGAGUUUCAUUUAAAAAUUUAAACACGAGACAAAUCAGUAUUUGAAAAUAUUUAAUUAAUGCUAAUAUCCGAAGGAACGUGCAUUCUUAUAAAAAAAGGCCUUUCUAUUAUUGUUCUAAAUCGUACAUUCCGUCAAAUGCAUGAUCUGAAGCGUAUCUAAUUAAGAAACUAAUUAAAAAUUGAAAAUAUCUAAUUAAAUAAUUAAGAUAGGUUAAAGAUUUUCAAAAUUAAGAAACUAUUUUUUAAGACUUAAAGUUUACAUUUUAUGUGUUUUUCUUAAAGAAUUUUUUUGUUUAUGACUUUUAUCGCAUUUUUGUUUUUCAAUUCUAAAGCAGUUUUUGUUAGAAUCUGAUAUAAGACAAGUUUAUAUUAAAAAUGAGAAUAAACAACUUUAAUUCUGAUCUGGCAUUUUAAAUUCAUAAAUAAAACUUAUCUUUCGCUAUUCGUAUCUGUAAAGGAAACAAUGCAUGUGGAUGGUUUUUCUAUGAAAGAAGAAUUUUGUUUUGAAAUUCCACAGCGUUCAGAUUUUUCUCAAUUUAAUCCAGACUAAUUUUUAGCAUUCGAGGUAAGAAAAAUAUAUGCUUAAUUUAAGCUGAAGAAAUGUGAAACAUUUCAAUGAAAAUUUGUUUAUUAUUGCAAAAUAUUAAUUUUGAGACACUAUCAAGGAAAUAAAAGCUCUGAUAAAAUAUCUGUAGUAAUUGACUACAGAAAAGUUUACUAAUGGAUUUAAUUUGAAUCCAGUUUCGAUGCCACAUCUAAAAAUGAAUUUUUUACAUAGCAACAUGUGUAUUAAAAUAUUUAAGAAAAAUUUCGCUUAUGUUGUUCUAACAGUAAUUUAGAAAUUUGGAAAUUUCAGUGAAGUAAAUCUCUUGCUCUUGUAGUAUUGUGCUUUACCGAAAGAAAGAUCAUAGAAGCAUUAUUUUAGAUUGAAGGGCAAAUGUACUUAAGCAAUCAACCCAGAAUAUUCUAAUAUGGAUAACAAGGCAUAUCAUUAAGUAAUAUAAAACGAUUUAUGUUUUAAUUAGCAUUCAGAUAAUAUAAAAAGACUGAUUAAAUGCUUAUCAAUAAGUAUAAAACUACGUUGAUUGAUCGUUGCAAUUACGUUGAAAAGAGCAAUUUUACAGAGAAACAAAAUGGCACAAAUAAUUUGCAAUCAAGCUGAUCUUCAAAGAUUUUUUUAUAGUGAGGACGUUCUUUUAUGCAACUAUUUUUGAGGAAAUCCUAAAUUUAUGAUCCAAGUAAUUAGUCGAAAAAAUGCUUUGUGGUCGUUUAGAACACAUAAUCCUUUCGAGACUUAUUUCGAAUCACGUCAUCUUAUAUUUGCACGCAGAUUUGUACAAUUGUAUAAGCACAAAAUAAUGCUUAAAUAUGAGUAAUAUUUUGUAUAAACGCAAAAUUUUACUUAAGUAUUUAAGUAAUAUGUUUUACCAUAAUUGCAUGGCACAUUUUGAGAAGACUUCACCAUCAUGUCGCAAAAGGCUCAAAACUAUGAAAACUGAGACGAAUAACACUGAUUUAAUAUGCUAUAAAUGUGUACUUAAAAAUAAAUGCUGAUACAUAUUAAUUUUCAAAGACUUAAAUGAGACUUGAUUCCUCAAACUUAUUAAUAAAUUCUAUUUCUGUUGAGUAAAUGUAUCAUACAUGAUAAUAUGAGGAAUAUACUCCCCUUUUAAAUAUGCGUGUUCUUAAUACACAACUUUAACUUUUAACAAUUCUAGUUUAAAUUUUCUUGCGUCUUCCUUUCUAAGCAAAAAAUACAUGAGAAGAUCUUCAAUACCUGUUCUGUAAAAGAAAACAAUUUAUAAGCGAAGUUUCAUUCAGAAAUUUAGAAUACAAUUUUUAACUUAGUUUUUAUACAUUGCUGAAAAGUUAUCGUUUGCAUUUAAUAGGAUGAAGGAAAUUUAUUGAAUGGAAAAUAGUAUAAUAGCAUUUCUAACAUCUUGGCGAUAUUCAGUUUCAGCAAGAUUUGCCUAUUUAUUCAUAAUACACUAAACAAGAUAAUUUUUAAGUUUCUAUGUAAAAUUCAACUCCGUCAAAAAAUUAUAAUUCGAAAAAAUCGUCAAAAAAUUAUCAAACUCACUUUCAUAUAACGAAAGAAAACGGAAUUCAAUCCUAAGAAUCAAAACUAAAUGGGAUGCAUUAAUCCUCCAUAUGUGAAAGACAUGUCUAUAUAAUCAAUGAUAUUUCUACGAAUACCUAUGAAUAGGUACAUGUAUGUACAUUUAGAAAUAUCUAGAAAUAUACCCAAAUUAUAGAGCAACAUGAUUAGAUAAAAUGGUUCCUGGUACAAAGAGGCAGAAGUGUUUUAAAUUUGUAGUUAAGAAAAUAUGUGUUUUUUCCUGGUACAGUAGAAUUCCACCGGACACCAUUCGGAUAAUUGGAUUUUUUCCAAAGAAAGGGUCUAAUGUACACUUUAAUUCAUUACUGUAUGUUGAAAAUGGGGAAAAACUAUUUUUAAAGAAAAAGAGGUUUUAAUUAAUUAAAAUGAAAAGGCAACACUUUUACGUACAUGUUAUAUAGUGUACUGUACAAUACUUACAAGUGCUGAAAGUCAUUGCUUGCUGAACAUCUCGGUCAAAGUAAGCUGUUUGACUGUCUUGAUCCGUUUUCAGUCAGCCAAGUCGCGCAUCUGCUUGACUGUGAGAAGUUGCAUGUGGUCGCACUCAGGCUAACGCUCCAGCCUCUUCAACGCAGUUUCAAGGCCGGCAAACCCUUCACUAGCUGAUGGUCCCAUGCGUGCUUCAACUUCGAAAUUAAGGCCACCUUCUUCCUCAACAUUUUCUUCUCUCACACUUUCAAUACGUUCACAGUCAUUCAGAAUUUGAAACCCAGGGUCUGACGAAUCACACACCAUCCAUUAUGCCAUAUCCCACUAACUUCUGAACAUCCAGGAAUUUUCAAAAGAAUGUUUCUUAAUUCCUCAAGUGCCACGUCGUCCUCAUCUUGUCCUGUCUCUUCCCUUUCCUUUUCUUGAGCUUCUUUUCCUUUUUCUCCUUUUCAUUCUCUUCUUCAGUUGAUUCUAAAAAAUUCUGAAAGUGUUUCGGAUAAUCAGCAAUUCGGAUAGUCGGAGUUCGGAUAAUUGGAGUUGUACUGUAUUCGGAAUCUUCGAGAUUCCGGUGAUAUGUCUUUAAACUUUAUUAUUAAUAUAUUAAUAACUAAUAUGAAAAAUAGCCUCUGUUCUAUAAACUCAACAAUAUGCUAUACUUUAUGAUUUCAAUGAUUCAUUCGAAACUUAGUCAUGGAUGAAGAUUUAGUUUGAGUAAUGUUAAUUUUAACAUCAAAAUUUAAUCAAAAGUAAUAGGUUGGUAAAGUGAUGUGACACUUAAAAUCAUGCUUAUAUGAAAUUCAGUUAUAAUUCUCAUACCAGUUAAAUGUCAUUUAUAUAUUUCGUCUCAGGCUUCUUACCAAAGAGCCGUUUUUAACUGUGUUAUCACAUAUGCUUCUCUCGAAUACGACGACGGUGCUACUAUAAUAUGCGCAGAUGGUACCAAAUAUCUGUCCCACUGCGCACGCUCAGUCAGAGUUACACUGUGAUGCGCAAGUACGACGAGCCGUAGUACAUUAGUAAACACGAUUUCUACAAAUUAAGCCCUUUCUGUCUAUGUGAUGCGUAUUAAAGCGCCAUUUAUUGGAACAGUUUCGACUAAGUAAGCACCUUAUAUGGGUUAUGCUUUAGCUUUCAUUUUUCUAAUAAAAAACAAUAAAAUUAUCUACUAUUGCAUAUGGAAAAAGUAAUUUAUACUUCCUUCAUUAUUUGUUUAUAAAAUAUAUUCACAUAUCAAAAUCGAUUAUUGAGAUUCAGUAUAAAUUAACUGGUUAGGUUUGAAGAAGAGAGAAUACUUUAAAAGCAAAGAAUAACGUUUAAAAUUUUAUUUUUUUUUAAAUUGUUGAAUAUUAAAAUGGCACUUUAACGCAUCAUUUUCCAAAAUAACAGAUAUUGAACAUUCCCAAAAACUUUUUAUUCUGUGUUAAUAAUUUUUUUGUGUCUAUCAACGUCCUUGCAGCUACAGCUCUAACACAGUCAAUAUUUCUUCUGACAUCUCUCAAUGUGAUUGUUUUUAAUAUAAUGGCGCAUUUGUGAUGUCCCCAUAGCCAAGAUAAUAAUAUGUUCAGAAGUCGAGAAAAUACAUGAUUUCUGAACAUAGUAAUCACGUGGUAUAAUCGUUCGUUUUCUUGAAAAUUUAAAAAAUUUUAGAAAUUUCGUUGCUUCCACAAAUGGAUUACUAGAGAGUAUGAAAUAACUUUAAAAAAAUUGUUUAAUAUUAAACUUCUAAAAUUUAUUAAUGAAUUUUUAAAGUUUAUAAAAGGUUGCAUUUACGCAUUUCAAUUAGAAUUCUCCCGUAAGUUUUUUUUAAUCUUUUUAUAUUUAUUAUCAUCGAUUUUCCUUCGUUAACUAAGUAAAAAUUUACUAACAGUUUUAUUUAUGCUAUCAGAGGAUAUUUAUAAAAAUCUUCUGUGAUUGUCAUAAAACAUUAAGUGUUACGUUUACAAAGAGUACUAUCUUAUAUGUCUUUAAGAAAUCAAAAUCUAUGACGUCACAAAUUACGUUGUAGCUGAGAAAUAUUAAAUGGCGCUUUAAACAGAUAACCAUUUUACCUGUGUAUCAGUAUCAAUUAUAUAAGCAGUGUUGGCAUUUUGAAACUUCUCUGUGUGUGUGUGAAUAUUUUCUCAGCACAAUACUUCCCAUUUUGAUAGAUGUUGUCAUAUCUGUGUCUUAUAUCUUCUGCAAAUGUUGUAUCCGAUGCCUCUUUCCACCUCCUAUACAGAGCAGUGAUUAUGGAAGAAGAGGCAACACGUUAAUUUGUUACGUCAUAGACAGAAGUAUAAUUGGUCUCUUGGAUGUGUUUUUGCACUGAAGAAAAAGAUUUUCCUGAUUUAUUAGAUUGAGUAACUUGCUAAACAAUUUCGAAGGAAUAAUUCUUCCAAAUUUGUAUGCAUUUUAUUAGCUUUUUCUACAGACGCUUAUAAAUCUGGAGUUUUACGAAAUCGAAGAUUUGAAGAAAUGAGAAAUGAAAAUUGCAGUUAUUGAAGAGAAAGAUUAAUUUUUAACUAGCUAUUAAAAUAAUUCAUAAUAUUGUCAUAUUAUUGAUAUUGGGUAUUUUUUAAAUAAUUCAUGUUAAUUUUUAAAAUAUUUUUCGUUAUUUAAAUAAGAACCAUAUUCGAUCUUUAAUAAGAGAAUUUCAAAUACUUUUUUUGUAAAAAUAAAUUAUCAUCUAGACCAUAAUAUCAGUAUCUAAGCAUAAUUAUGCACGUGUCUUAAACUAGUACAAUUUAUGCCAAAAAUGGUGAAAUUUCCUUUAAACAGUAAUGUUUAGUUCAAUGUUAGACACUUUUAACAACUUCAGAUUUAUUUCUCAAUAACAUUUUAUCACGUUCUUUGAAAUUUUUUCGGAAAAUUAAACCAUUUCUAAAGCUAUUCAAGAACAUAAGAUGGAGAACAUAGAUGGAGUUUCAUAGUUUCAUAUAGUUACAUAAUUUAAAUUUAUUUAACUUUAAAUAAAACAUAGAUAUAUGAACUUACUUCUUAACAAAGCGCUUUCAGAAAAAAAGAAUACAUUUAUUCGUUUGUUAUACUGUAAAUUUGCUUGUCGAGUUAUUAAGAAAACCACCUCGAUUAGCUUACGAUAUGCAAGGUUUAGCCAGACUUCUGGACAUUAUUUACAUGAAUAAAUUAUAAAAUGUAACCUAAUUAACUAUUUUUAAACAAAAAAAAUUCAUUAUUUUAAAAAAUAGUUCAUUUUAGUUUAACUGGUGAAUAUUGUUUAUAUCUUUCUGAAAACAUUUUAAAAUCUUUUGUAAGACCAUUAUGAAAAUGGAAUUAUAAGAUUUGUAAUAAAAUUUCUUUUUCUAAUACAAAGUUUUAUUAAGGAAAUUCCAUUUAAAUUUAUUUUCGAUUUAAAAAAAUUAAACUGAAACUAAUUUUAAUUUAACUAAUUCAUAUUUAUUAAAUAAAUUUGUAUCUUCAAUAUAUAGCAUUUUUUAUUAAGCACAAUUAUUGUAAUUAAAAGCUUUGUAACUUAAAUUUUGCUGAUUAAACCCAUUAAACCGUGAUUGCUUUUCACAUAGAUUAAAUUAUCAAAUAGAAUAAAUUCCUUCAACAUUACUUGUCUCAAGUCACAUAUCUAAAUAUAUGUCUUAGGUAUAUAUCUUAAGACAUAUACCUAAAUAUUUUCUUGUUAAUAUAUUAAUACUUAAUUAAACUGAAAACUGCUUAAUUUCGCUUAUAAUACGUAUUCUUUCCUUGCGAAUCUUAUCACACAUUUUCCCUUCGAUAAAAAUUAUUUAAGAACUAUAUCACAAAAACCAUCCUGGAAGCAAAUAUACUUCUAGUAUUAAAUAAUCAUAGAUGUUUGUCUCUCUAUAUCAUGUUGAUAUUGUGAAAAAUAUUUGUUAGAUAAAUUUUCCUAUAUAAUUUAAUGAAUCCGUCUAUUCCUGCGUUGAUUGCUGUAACGACAGAUAUUUUAUGCAAUGAUGUUAGAAUUUUGCAAUUAUAUUGGAAGUUUUGCAUUUGUUGUAGAUGUCUGUGUACUUGAGAAGCAGUUUAUUCCAAGUCAGGAGGCUAUGGCAGUUACAUGUUUAAUGCCUUUGCAAAAUUUUGCCAUAAAAUCAGAUUUUCAUUAUAAUGAGAAAAAUAUGGUUGCAGUUCUAAAUAUUUAUUCUAGAGUGGAAUGCUUCCAGGUGAUGAAAAGGGGAAUCUGUAAGAAGGUUUUUCUUUUCUACAAGAAUUGUUAAGAUAAUGAUUUCUGUCAUCGUCGUAAAAGAAUUUUGAUAUGUAUGAUCUCCUAUAUUUAAUAUUAAAAGGUAAAAAAAUGUAGAAAAAUCUACUUUAAUCAAAAAUAUUUCUAUGCAAGGUAAUGCCAUGAUAUCUUGCAUAGAAGUUUAAUGUUAUUACUUUUUUUUCUACUUUCGAUCUGAUCUUCCAUGUUUUUGAUAUAACAAGGUUUCAAUAAUAUAAUCAGCUAGUCGAUGUUGAAAAGUGGGUAACUUAAUAGAAUGGAAAUAAUGACCAGUAAACUAUGCAUUAAACAAAUGAAAAUAUUUUAUUAGUAUUUUUUAUUGUUAUCUCAUUUGCAUCCAUCAAUGUUAUCUGAUUUCUUUUCCUCAAUGAUAUCUGAUAUGCAUUUCUCAAUAUUAUUUCAUAUAAAUUUAUUUUAAGGUCAGUUUGACAUGUUUGUCAACAUUGCUAUUUAUAUUAAUAAAUCAGGGUAUUUUAAAAGCGUACAAUUUCAGCAUUUAAAAAUACUCUGAAAUUCAAUUUCUUUUAUGUAAUCCUUUGAUUCUGAGCCACUAUUUUUUUUAUUUCAUUCAAUGAGGCGGAACAGUAUUUUUCGUUGACCUUUUUAUUUAGUUAUUUUAUUACAUUACAUUUUAGAAAGAUUUACUCAAUAUUGUUAGCUUUCUAAUGAAGACAGCUAUGCUGUAGAUUUUAUUGUUAAGCACUUUUUCCCGGUAUAAGGGUGAAUUUUAUUUAAUUAAAAGUUCAGAUAUUUGUGCUUGUCUUUCAUCUAUUAAUUCUUCUAUGAGACUCUGAACGCCUUUGAAAAAAUAUCCUUAAUAAAUUAUUCAUUCAUCACGUAAAAGUAUUUCCUUCAUUUAAUUGCAUCUGUGCGAUCCUUUAUAUGAACUUAUUGUAUAUGCUUUGUUUUCUGUAAUAUUUUUCAUGAGUUUAUAAAAUUCACUUCAUCGAAAAAUAUUUUUAAAUGGCAGUUUAAUUUCCAAAGCAUUCCACAACUAGAUAUUUCUCUUGUAUAGUAUGUGUAUAUUCUUUGUGCAGAAAUUUCAAAAGAGGUCAUAUUUUUUUUAUUUUAAUGUCAUGCAAGUUUGCUAGAUAAUGUUGAGAAUCCUGACUUGCAAUUUAAACUGUACUAGAAGGAAAAAUCUAAUAUUGAUAUUUAAUGUAAACUGGUUAAAUACGGACAACUGCUCCUUUUCUGAUAUAUUUCCUAAUAAACUAAUUUUCUUUGUACUAGUGAAAGCAAUAAUAUUUUGGUGUCGAAUUGAUUGUUUUCAUUAGAUGCCAGUGAAUUUCGAUAGACCUUUUUUUAAUGUGAGGACAUUCAAGUUUGGCACUUUGCAAGUGUCAUUCGUGUUCAGAUAAUGAAUUUUGUGCAGAUUAUAUAAAAGAAAUUUAUUUUCUGAUGUAAAGAGUUCGUUAGAACUGAAUGACAGAUGCAAUGAGAUCAUUUGUCACGAAGUUUUAAUUAUUCUAGGGCAAUAUGAGCUUUUUUCGUCGCAAACUUUCAAUUUAUUUUCCUAUCUUUUAUAGGGUAUCUGUAUUAAGUUUAUAAAACUCACUAUGUGAUUCGUAAUUUAAGAAAUUUUAUUCCUUUUCAUUUUAGAAACAUUGUUGGCUUGCAUGUUUUUAAUGAUAAAAAUAUACUUUAUAUUUUACUUUACUUGUUUCUUGAGCUUACAUCUCUCAUUUUAGAAACAUUCAAACGCAGAUUAUACUUCUGGAAACUUAUGAUUGGUUCGGAUUUUAUAUGAUUUCUGCUUUAUUCAACAACUAGAUGAGAAAUUAUUUACUCAUGCUAAUACAUGAAUUUAUUUUAUUUCUCAUAUCGUUUCCCUUACUUCUGUAAUAAAAAUCUAAUGCAUGAAUUUUCCUGUAAUAAGGUACGGUUCAUGCAGUAUCUUUAACCAGUAUUUCAUAAUGCAAUAAAUUUAGAUAUAAUAUUUUACCUUUCAUUAAUUAACAAAAUUUUCAUUUCGUUAGAGGGUAAAUGUCUUGUCUUUAUUUGUCUAAGUUCGAUGUUUAAUAAACUUUCAUAAUACUUUUUUAAAAACGAUUUGCCAACUUAAAUUAGAAAAUUGUGCUACUUUGAAAAUAUUUUGCAAUUCUGUUUUGCAAGUUCAUUUUUUAUCGCAGUUAGGUAUUCUAUAAGCACCUCUGUAUAGCCUAGCUGUAGCAUCGAAACUUUAUCAUUUCGUCGUAUAGGUGGUAAAGAACAGAAUCUUUCAAAUACCGAAAACUUAUAAACUAACUGUGACUAAAUAUAUCACAGCCAAGUUGUGAUAUUAUCUGAACGUAUUCAUUCAUAAGUAUGUAUGUGACUUUUGCAUGCACGAAGUAGUUAUGUAAAUGUAAGAUAGUGUUAUAAGCCAUAAAUUUAGAUUUUAUGAUAUUUAAUAUCAAUGUAAAUAAGGAAUUUAGUUUAUUUACGCUUACAGCCAAGUUUCUUGCUUUCGAAGUCUGGAAAUAUUGCUAUGUCUACUUUUUUAAAUGUGGUUCAAGAUUCCAAAAGAAGGCUGUGGUUGUUUAUUAAACAAAUAAGAUUUAUAAUCUGUUUUCAGUUUUCCUACAGCAAUGAAAUUAUUUCAGGAAUCUGUAAUUAAUUAAGCGUGUUCAAAGAAAUUAGUUAAAUUAUCCUUUGUUAGGUUUUAUUUGGUAUUAUAAAUAAAUUAUGUUAAUCCUUUUUAAGCUGAUAAAAAGUCAACAUGUGCAAUACGUUUAGCUUUAUAGAUAAACGAUUAUGUUAAUAAAAUAUGUAAGACAUUUUAAAUCUUAUUACCUUAUCAUUUAACUAAGUCAUUAUUACAAGUAAAAUCAAAGCAAUCUAAGAAGCGACCAGAGCUUAAAUCUUAAGACAAGCACUCGUAUGUAAUUACAUUUUACAAAAUAAUUUACAUACACAACAGUUAUUUUUUAUUUCUUUACAAAUAGCAUUCUUUUUCUGAAGUCUUUAUUUUCCUAAUACGUUAAAAUUUUGCACCAUCUGUUAUUAUAAUAUCAACAUUCAGAGAUCUUCCAAUGCAUUUUUCAUAGCCUCCGGAUUAGAAAUUAGAAUUAGAAACCGAAUCAGAAAACAGCAUUGCUCCAUAUACUUUUCAUGACGUCUUUCGUGCAUGCAAAACGUCAGCAGUGAGAAUCGUUUUGUUUGUAGAUAUUUUGCUAAAGUUGUGUUAUGGGUCUCUUCUUGUUUUACACGUUUAAAGUUGGGAUACGCAGGACUACUGAUGAAAGGUAUCAAGUUUCUCUGCAAAACUUAAUAACAAUCAAUAUAUGCAAUAGUCAUUGUUUUAUAUGUGGUUUGAAAUGUUUCUGUAAAAUUAUUUUCGGAGGAGCUGGCAACGAUCACAGAAUUUAUUCCAGGCACAGAAUCUAUUCGUAUUCACAGAAUUUAUUCGUAUUCCAUUUCAACUAUUUAAAAAUAAUCUCUGUAUAAUAUAAAAAUUAGUUCAGCGCUUUUAAAUUUCUGGAAUAAAUAACUAACAUAGCAUCAGAUUUUUACCAUCGACAGUAAUUCAAAUUCUAAUUUAAAAUAAUGCUUUAUCUAAUCUAACUUCUGUAACUCGAAAUUCCAUUCAACCAAAUACUCGCCAAACCAUUAAUGAUGCCAUUUUCAGAACUGUAAAUAAUUUCUUCUAGAACCAUUUUAUACAAUUAAUUUAAUUGCUUCGAAUAAGAAUGCCAUUUUGAAACUAGAAAGUAUAAUCUGAUUUUCCUGAUUCUAUCUUAAUUCCGAAUAGCAGACAACUUAAAUCUUAUAAAAGAUUAGUGGUUCUCCAUUUUUUACUCUCGUUUAAUCUGAUUUAAAAUGUGUGAAAAAGCAACUUAAAUUAAAAUAAUUGUGAUUUAUAAAACAAAAUCUGAAAAGGCUCAAAUUUUUAACGACUUCCCCAAAAGGGCUCAUUUAAAGUUUAACAAGGUUUGUUAGUUCAGAUUAUCAUUAGACAUGGACCAGGUGAAAUAGCGAAACAUUUAUAGGAUAUUAGAUGAAUAUGCACUUAGAUAAACAUCGGAAAAUUAUCUUCUGUAUAUUUAAAAAGUGAAAAAUAUGUAAUGUAAUUCUAUAAAAAUAUUAAUGCUCUUAAUUAGUUAUAUCAUAAAUUAAUUGCAUUUUAUUUAACUGAAUCAAAUUCAAAAGUAAAAAAAUACUAGUUUUAAGAACUGUAUCUAUUGCUUUUAACUAGCUUAGUUUGUUCAUCAACAACAGAUAGAUUAAAUUUAGAAUAUAAUUAUCUUAUAUUUUGACGAAUGGCAAUAGACUGGAAUGAAAACUGAAACAAUGCAAGGUCCGUUUUUAGCCUAAUAGUCCUUUUGAGCCAAUAAAUUUCUGGUAGCACUGAAUUCUUUGCUUCAAAAACUGAACGGAAGUACUACCCAAUUGGAUGCUAAUAAAAUCAUUUACACUUAUUAGUGGAAAAAAAUAAGGUUUUAUUUGACAGCUUCGGGACACUGGGUGGUAUAAAUCUCCUGUUUUGCGAUUUCUUAUUUAUUUUGCAAAUAUAAGUAGCGAUAAACUAUGAGAAACGAAUAUUCUACUGAAAAUACACUCAUGAAAAAUCUAAAAGGUCCAUAUUAAAACACUAAAGUCUUAAACAAUCUAGUUACUUUUCCACUUCAAAAGAAAUCUUUUUCCCAAUAUAUUUAGGCGAAUACUUUUAUAUACAUAUACAGAUUCUGGAACAAAAACAGCAAUGUAUGUUAAGAUUAAUUUUAUUCCCACGACCGAAAGUUAUCAAGUUAUUAAAAUAGCGAUUGUUUUGAAGUAGCUACUGGAUAAAUACUUUGAUUGGCCAGUUCCUGCUAAUAAAAUGUUACGUCAUUCUGUUCAUUCUAAUUGCUUUGUCAACUGUGUAAUUCAGUUGGCAAAAGCCUUAGUGUGAUUUCAGAUUCUUUUUUGGUGCUGUAAAUAAAUUAUGAAGAGAAAAUGAAAUAAUAAAAAUUAUGUUGAAGAAAUGAA